AGUGAACCCUACUAUAGAGCUUAACUCGGGCCACGAGCAAGCUCACAAUUCAGAGGAAAUCCCUCCAAGCCCAAGUCAAAGCUCAAUCCCCAUGGAUACUGCUCCUGAUACAUCUCCAAGUCCACCAGAGAUUCAGUCGGGUGGGUUGAUUCAGACACCGACUGCACCGGAGCCAAUAAGCCCGACUACGAUGGCAGUGAAAUCUCCUCGUCGGAAUGAAACUCCAUCCAUUUCAUCUACAUCUUUCUCGCUGGCACGAUCCCUAGAGGACGAAGUGGGCGCAGGCAAGGAAGCCAUGCUACAUGCCGAGCAGAUGGAGACUCGGUUGAAGGAGUUGCUCAUAUCAAACGAAACCCUGAAGACCAACAUCCGAAAAACUUGUGAAAGUGGAACCAAAUACUUAGGUUUAAAGAAGGAGCUGGAGAAGGUACGCCAAGAGCUUGAUGAAGAACAAGCCAAGACCAUUCGGCUUGAAAGGGAGAAAACUGCUAUGGAAGAAUCCGUGAAGAAAAUCCUAGAAGAGAAAGACACCGCUCUUGCCAAAGCCAAAGAGGAAGCUGAUGCUAUGAGUAAGAAAGCCAACGAUAGGUUGGAGGAGCUCCAAGAGGCCAGAGAGAUGAAAGAUCACUACCUGAAGGUGGCGGAGGACAUGAAGAAGCAAAUCGAAGCUCUAAAAGCAUCUGAGUCUGAAUGGCAUACCAAAUAUGUGGAAAGGUCUGAUCUUGCAGAAAUGACCAAAAUGAAGUACGAAAAGGAUCUUGGCGAGCUCAAGCAAGGAAUCUCCGACACCGAAACCUUCUUGGUGGGCCAGCUAGAUGAGGUUAAGCAGAGGCUUGAGGUGUUUUGUUCCGAUCCGAUCAUGGAGGCUCAUAAAGUGCAGAAGGAGCUCGAAGCAUAUGGUAUCGACAUCAAAGAAACUCCUUGGGCAUCCACUCGGGUUGCUGAGGCUGUAAUCCGACUAGAAGAACGAGCAAAAGCAGCAAAAAGCGUCAUAGCCCAAGUGAGAAAAUCCAUGAAGGGCAUCAAUGCGACUCUCCAUCCUGGAGAAGAGGUCGAUGAAGCUCUGCCCAUUUGUUUACAACAACUUGAGCAGGUGCCUGGCCGAGUAUCGAGGUGUAAGAAAUCUGUUGCUCGCUGUGGGGCUAAUGUAGCUCUAGCUCUCACCCGGGUUCACUUCCCCGAGAUAAAUGAAGCGAAGUUGCAGAACAUUGGCGUGGGGAAUCCGGAGGGCGAGGACUUUGAAGACCACAUGCAAACUUUCAUCAGAACCGCCAAUCAGAUUGCUUCCCUCAUUGGCCUGGACCUGUCUGUUGAGCCGGCUAGAGUGCCAGACACCUCGGAGGAGGAGCUCGUACAAGAAGAAGAGAAAAACAAGUGAGAAGUUUUAAGUAUUAAAUUUGCC